AUGGUUGAAAGAUCCCCUCCUAACAACUUGGAAAUUUUUAAAAGAGAUUAUAGGAAGAUUGUAGAUUACCUCAAAGCUCCCCUUAACAAGUAUCAACACAGUGCAUUCCACAUUAUGCUACAAUUCUGCGAUGCUCCUUUACGGUGCUUUACCUUCCCAGAUUACCAGUUGGCGCCAACUUUGGAAGAGUAUUCCUGUAUUCUGGGAAUUCCCAUCAAGCUUCAAGUUCCUUUCCAUGCAUCUAUGGAGGUACCUGAUUCUGAACAUAUUGCUGCGGCCCUUUACUUGGGCAAAUCUGUGGUGGAUUCUAAUCUUAAGACAAAAGGAGGACUCCCUGGGUUUCAUCUAAGCUUCCUUUUGACCACUCUAGAUGAUUUGGGUAAAGAAGAAGAUUGGAAGGUUUUCAAUACUUUUUUGGCAUGCAGUAUCUAUGGCAUUGUUUUUCUUCCUAACGUGGUUGAUUUUGUCGAUAUGAAUGUAAUUCGUAUCUUCAUGAUGGGGAAUCCUGUACCAACACUUCUGGGAGAUGUUUACCAUUCCAUUCAUUCCAGAAAUCACAAAAAGAGAGGUGGUUUAGUAUGGUGUUGUGCUCCUCUUUUGUAUCAUUGGUUCCAAAGUCAUCUCCCUUGUAAAGGAGCGUUCGUAGAUAACAAGGAAACUUCGAAAUGGUCCAAGAGAUUGAUGGGACUUAUUUCCAAUGACCUAGUGUGGUACAACUUGAGGUUGGAUAGAAUGGAAAGGUAUGAGGUGAUUGUGAGUUAUGGAGAAUUUCCUAAUGUGCCACUCAUGGGCAUUAGGGGAGGCAUAAACUACAAUUAUGUGUUAUCUCAAAGAUAA